AUGGCGAAAUAUUGUUUGAGUAAGUUUUUCUAUUGAAGUUUUUCAUAAGAAUAAAUUAUUCAGAAAAAGCUAGCAAGCGCCAGAGUUGUGCUAAACGAUACAAAAUCGAAAAAAAGGUACGGGAUCAUAAUCGCAAAGUGAAGAAAGAUGCCAAAAAAUCGGGUUGAGUUGAUGUCAGAAAUUUCUUUUAUAUGUUGAUAUUUUCAGGUCAAGCGAAGAAAAUCCGAGAAAAAACAAUUAGUGUGCCGAACUCAUGUCCUUUCAAGGAGGAUAUAUUAAUUCAAGCUGAACAGGAAAGGGAGAAGAUUAAAGCCAGACAAGAAGCUGCAAAGGUUAAUUCACUGCUUUUCGAACAUCAUGUCGCUAUGCGUUUUUUUUUUCUAGGAAGCCGCGAAAGCAGCUCGAGGAGAGAAACGCAAAGCAGGAGUUGUGAGCACGAUCGAAGAGCUUGGAGCGAAAGCAGCAAAGCAGGUAGUUGAUCCGAACAUGAGAGAAAAUGACUUUUUUUUUUUAGGGAAAGGACUUUGAGAACAAAAAAUCUAAUGAAACAGAUGAAAAAAUUGACACGAUGAGUGACAAAACAAUCAAAGUUUAUGCGAAUGAGGUGCGAAAAACUAUAGAGAUGGCAGAUGUUAUCAUCGAGGUUUUGGUUGCAAAAUGAAGGCUGAACUGUACUUUUUGAAUAGGUUUUGGAUGCGCGGGACCCUCUCGGAAGUCGCAGUCGGUCUGUUGAAGAACAGGUCAUCAACGGCGGCAAACGUCUUAUUUUGUUGUUGAACAAGGUAUGUAGAAAGCUUCGACUUUUAAGAAUCUUUCCGUUAUCAAAAAUUUUUCACCGUUGCAAGUAGGAAAAAAAAAAGUUUAUAAGAAGGAGGGAAGCGUUUUCUGUUUCAACUGUUAAUCAAACUCUGAAAAAUAUUCUGUCAGGUUUUUAGUCUGUUCUAUACGAAAGCUUUUUUUUACAAUUCGACUUCUGUUAAAAAGGGUUUUUACAACCGUUAUUUUGGACGCUGUUCACUAUGAAUUUUUUGAAUUUUCUAUUUUUUUUUCUAUGAGAGUUAGAGGCAAUUUUAAAACAAAUUAUCUUCCCCUCAUUAUCAAAGAGUUUAGAUUGAUCUUGUACCUCGAGAAAACGUGCAGAACUGGCUCAAGUAUCUUCGUGGACAGUCGCCAGCGAUUGCUUUCAAAGCCAGCACGCAGGACCAAAAAACCAAUCUCGUUCGUAUUGAUCUGAUUUUCGUUUAUGUCAGUUUCUGUUUUCAGGGCCGCUUCAACAGUGCCACUCUGAACAACACAGCGACGGGAAAAUGCGUCGGAGCAGAUAUUGUCAUGAAAAUCUUGGCCAAUUACUGCCGAAACAAGGACAUCAAGACUUCGAUUCGUGUCGGAGUCGUCGGUUUGUAUGAAAGGUGGAUAGAAAUUAUAGUUAUUCUCUGAAAGGUUUCCCAAAUGUCGGAAAAAGCAGCGUCAUCAACAGCUUGAAACGUCGUCGCGCAUGCAACGUAGGCGCGAUGCCAGGCAUCACCAAGUUUAUUCUGAUCGCUUCCAAAGUCCUUAUAUUUUCAAUUCAAGAGAACUUCAAGAGGUCGAACUCGAUAAAAACAUCCGUUUGAUUGAUUCUCCCGGAGUCGUUUUAUUGAGCCAAAAGGACCUGGAUCCUAUUGAGGUAUUUCAGUCUUUUGAUUGGUUUUCUGAAAUCCGCGCUGUAUAUUUUCCAGGUUGCUUUGAAAAACGCCGUCAGCGUCGAUUCUCUCAUUGAUCCUGUCGGACCUGUUCACGCGAUCUUACGUCGCUGCAGUAAGGAGACGGUUAGAAAUUUCAAAUAUUUUUGGAAAUCUAUCGAAAUGCAGCCGUAAACAGUCGGAUGUUUCUAGUUUAUCAGCGAACCAUUUCGAAACGUUUAUCCAUUGAACAUAUUUAUUUUCUGAUUUCAAAAAUAGAUGCUCAUUAGGUGCUGAUCAAAAUCAAACUGAGCAACAAAAAAAAAACAUAAAAAAUCUCCUUCAGACGUUUUAAGAGGGCUCGAACUUUUUAAGCGGUGAAAAAUCCUCUUACUGUAAUAUUUAGAUGAUGCUUCACUACAACCUGCCGGAGUACACUUUGGUGGAACAGUUUCUGGCUCUCCUGGCGCGGAAAAUGGGGAAGUUGAAGAAAGGCGCGCGGCCGGACAUCAACGCGGCGGCCAAACACGUGCUCAACGACUGGAACACCGGAAAACUGCGAUAUUACACGCAUCCGCCAGAGUCUCCCUCGUACUUUUCUCGGUUUCCACAUUUCGAAAUGAUUCUUCGUUCAGGGCAAACGAGGUGAUUGUUCCUGCUGAGAUUGUCUCGCAGUUCAGUAAGGAGUUUGACCUCGACGACAUCAACGACGAGCAGAACAAACUUGUCGAGGGUACGUUCCAAGUGUUGAGGGAUACUUGUAGUUUUUAUGAGUUUCCUUCGAAAAAAGAUAUAGUGCGUUCCGUGCGAGAAGGUUACCUUUUAAAACAACAUCAGAAAAAAUAUAGAAUCAAUACAAACUUUUUCUCUCCCUAACUGCUAAUAACACAGCGAAAAACGAAGGUCUUGAAGCGAACGGCGGAUCAAAUUUGGUAUACGCCUUUCCGGCAGAAAAAAAAACGUGAAAAUUUUGAGCAGAAUGAGCUAUAUUUUACUACGCAUCAGUUCAUUGAAAUUUAUUUUUUCAUAUAUCAAUUGUCGUUAGAAAUUUUUUUGUUUUGAAUUCGUUAUUUUCUUGCGUUUUCUUAUAGCGCAUGAUUGCUGAUGAAAACAGUAUUAAAAUGAAAAAAGGAAAUUUCUGUAUAUUUCCAUUCAUUCUCUAGAUCCUUCAUUUCUGUUGCAGGACUUCCGAUGGAAGUCGAAGGAAGUAAUGCCGUGGUUGUGCAAAGUUCCGACGAUGAGAAGAGCGACGAUGAAAUGGAAGUUGACGCAGGUUGUAUUUUUGGAUCUGAAUGCGAACCUUAAGUUUCUGGACUUUUAGGUAAGAAGCAGACAGUUGAGAGCGGGAAGAAGAAGAAGCAGGCCGCCGUGGAAACAGAAAAGGCCGUUAUUCCGGAGAAGUAAGCGAUUGCCUCCUCUUUUAACGAUUCGUGACUGUUUUUUCCAGCUUGACCAUUGAUGGAAACGUUCAGCUGAAUAGGCUCAUCAAGAAGGCCGUGAAAAGGCAGAAGAAAAAGGCCCAAAAGACUUGUGAGUGUAAUUUUCUCAUUUUCGAAACAUUGUGAGAUAAUUUCUAGCUCAACGUGCUGAUAAGCUGUCUGAUGCGAUGGACUCGGUGCUCGACAAGAUGGAAGAGUAA